AUGAAGUGUUUAAGUGGUUCAUCAUGGGCGUAUUCAUGGCCUCCUCGGUCGUACUCGUGCAGUUUUUGCAGUCGAGAAUUCCGGUCGGCUCAAGCCCUCGGUGGUCACAUGAAUGUUCAUAGAAGGGAUAGGGCUAAGCUCAAACAAUCCAUUUAUGAUCAUUCCAUUGAUGAUGAUCAUUCUAGGAUUUCUUCCAUUGUUGAAGAGAACAAAGGGCAACCGUUAGAUCAUAUCACCGAAAGACCUAAAAGGUCUUUUGAUGAUAUGAUUUCAGGUUCCGACGAUGUCGAGACCAGUUUGUCUGUUGGGUUGAGUACUUCUGUCUUGCUCAAACGACCAAAGGAUGCUGUUUCAGCAUGGCCAUAUUCUCCUCUCCAAUGGCCGGUGCUUGAACCUAAGCCUGCAAGCUCCAUUGAAGGGUUGGACCUUGAGCUCAGGCUCGGUGUUCUAUAG